AUGUCCGAGAUGUCGCUCAGCGCCGCCGGUCUGAUGAUCCAGUUCCUCCUGGUCAUGUCGGAGUUCACGUGGCAUAAGCUGGUCGGGCUCUACGUGAAGGAGGAGAUCACGUCCGUGGACGACGUCCUGGACCCGGACCCGUUCGGGCCGCGCAGCCGGGUCAGCCGGGACCUCGGCCGAGGCCGGGAGGGGAGAGCGAAUAAAGAGAAAUGCUAUCCCCCAUACGGAUGCUUCUCUAUCGACUUCCCGUGGACGUCCGAGCAGAGACCGGAGGCUUUUUUCCCGGAACCCCCGGAGGAGAUCCGACCCGCUUUCUGCCUUUACACCCGUCAGAAUCCAACCGAAUGCCACGUACGGCGGCUCUCUUUUCCCCCGAUGCAGUCACCGAAGCGGUUUCUCUUAAUCGAUUUCGAACUCCCACAGCGUCUGAGGACGAACGAGACUCAGAGGCUGAGGGAAUCCCCGUUCGACCCGAGGCAUCCCGUCACGCUGCUCACUCACGGAUACCUGGAACACGGACGGAAGCGGUGGCUACUGGUACCUCCCCUCUCUGCCUCCACUCUCUCUGCCCUCCCCCAUGGAGCCCAUGGAGUUCCUAAUCUCGAGCGUUGCGAUGCAGAGACUGACGGAGGAGCUGCUGAAGGCGAAGGAGCAGAACGUGGUCGUGCUGAGCUGGCUCGGGGGAUCCGGACCGCCUUAUGA